GAGCGGCGUGCGUUGCGUUUCCGUUUCUCCCAGCGGCUAAAUACCGGACGGCUAGCGGCUAUGCUAAUGCUAACGGUUAAUGAACAGCCAGUGGGGGGUUUUUUCCAGCGAUAACUACGUGCGAAUGAAACGAUUGUGUUUAUCGUGAUAUUUACAUAUGUUGAAGAAUCAUGCAGAAACUUUGGUUUUGUAAUGAGACCCUGUUGUCUGUGUUGAUCCCGUCAAUUGCGGCUUUCUAUCUUUGUCAUGUAAAAAUAGCGCUGAGUUGUAGCUCUUAAACGGAUUUGGCGACGGCUCGUCGUGGUUUCUCCGCGAUCAGGAGGCAUCUGACACAUGGGAUGAGAGGAGAGCAGGUGCUGCGCUCCUGGCUGCGGACUCAGUGACUCUCUCUUUGGGCUCAGGAUGGCGCAGGGAGGGCCUCAGUUGGACUAUCACAUACUGCAGGACCUCAAGCAGCGCUUCCCAGAGAUUCCAGAGAAAGUAGUGUCUCAGUGCCUUCUUCAGAACAACAAUAACCUGGACCUCUGCUGCCAUCUGCUGGCUCAGGAGAGUAAUAGAUACCUGUAUGAGGAGUACCACAGCCCAGAUGACUUGCACUUAAACCGGAACCACAUGCUGCACAUUAGUGUGGGUUACCCUGCUACUGAAGGGGUUAAAAAUAAUGCUGGUGGCCGAGCUUUGGUCCACAGUUCCAGCGACGGGCACAUCGAGCAUCCUCGAAGUGGUUUCCCUGAGCCCCUCUCCGCCCCAGCUACUAUGGUGCCGUCACCCGGCUUCAACCCCUUCUUCAUGAACGAUCAAGGAUGCUCGAACAUCCCCACCCCUCCACCCAGCAUCCAGGGCAUGUCACCCACAUACCACCCUGUCCCACGUUACAUGCCUCCCAUAACGGUUACCCUCUCCCAGAACAUCCCCUCUGCCCCACAAGCGCUGCAGAUCCCCCCUGGUGCCUAUUGUAACAGUGGGAGCACCGUGUACAUGCGUCCUUCACCGUCUCAAAGUCCUCAACCCACUCCCUGGUCCACAUCUGGGACAUCUGUGUACCAGAAGUCUCCUUACGCCACUCCGACAUACCCAUCCCCGUACAGUUCUCCCCAACAUCAGGUCCAGCAGCCGCCCCAGGUGUUUCUGCCCAUAAGUCCCCCCACUCUCCCUGGGCUGUCCUACCAGCAGCCGCCAGUUUCCCACAGGCCUUUUAUGUCCUCCAAAGGCCCUAUGAAGAACCAGAUAGAGAUCACACUGGAGGGACAACGACCACGGAGUAACUCCCCUGUACAUGCUCCGCAGGGAUCGCUCUAUAUGGCCACCAGCCCUUCCCUGAGCUCCCCGUCCCGGGCCAUUAGUAUGACCGGACCCCCCGGGGCCUCCAUUCAUCAAGGAAUUUAUGUCCACCAGGGUGUGGCAAGGCCCCGGCCCACAUCCUCUCCUCAGCCGGCCACCUCUGCGUUCAUCAAGAUCAAAAUGUCCCCUGGGCAGGUGCAGCGUUCCUCAAGUUCUCCACCAGUUAAGACAGAAUCCCUCCUCAAUAUAGUGGACCAGGGCGAGCGCCACGCCGCCCCUCCUCCGAUCCUGCCCAUCUCUGCCCUGCCAGGGAACAUCUCGAGUCAGAUCAACCGCAUGCCUAGACGAUCAAGCUCCGGCUCGGAUGACUAUGCAUAUACUCAAGCACUGCUCCUGCACCAGCGUGCUCGGAUGGAGCGUCUGAUGAAAGAACUCAUGCUGGAGCGGCAGAAACUGGAGCAGUUGAAGGCGGAAGUGAAUGAAAUGGAAUUUGACGCCCUGCAGAGACGCUUCAGACGGGUGAACAGCACCAGCCUGAUCCCUCGGCCAGAGGAUAUGACCAGAAUUCGGUCGCAAAACAGACAGCUCCAGAUUGACAUUGAUUGCACCUUGAAGGAGACAGACCUGCUGCAGUCUCGAGGCAAGUUUGACGUGAGAACCAUGAACAACUUUUAUGAUAAUAUACAGCCUGGCCCUGUUCUGCUGCAGUCCAGAGGCAAGUUUGACGUGAGAACCAUGAACAACUUUUAUGAUAAUAUACAGCCUGGCCCUGUUGUACCUCCAAGAGUUAAGCCUCCGGUCGUACAAAGGGACGAGGAUUUUGAAGGCGCUCAGUGGAACUGUGAAAGCUGCACUUUUCUUAACCACCCCGCGCUGCACCGCUGCGAACAGUGUGAGAUGCCACGCAACACUUGAGCCAGCUUCACCGCGACCCUUCCCGACAGGCCAUGAACCUCACUCUUCCUACUAAUCUUCUGUUCCAUCAUGCAAAGUUCAAGUCCCGCCUAUCAUUUGCCGAUUUCUGUCCCUUGUGCCCUCAGCUUCACCCAGCAAUAACUGAGCCGUACCCGACAGAAGAAGAGACAACUACUCUAGUAAAAUAUUAUCCAAUCAGAAGCACCCUGUGUUACCUCUUGAGGAGCUUCCUGCACUUGUAUUUACUUUCUACUUUUUUUUUUUCUACUGAAAGAUGCUUUAAAAGAGGAAGUAGGGUGACUUAACAGAAACAAGGGAUUGAUUGAUUGGCGCUGGAGUGGACUGAGAAGGCGUGGUUUUAGGAAAGGGUGGAGCUUCCAGAUGUUGAGGAGGUGUGGUUUACCAAGCUACCAUUCCAAGCAGAAUAAGACUGCCGCGUUUACAUGGAAAAAGCCCCAAACAAUCCCGCACACGGGGCUUCUCUCACAACAUGAUAAAUGUAUUGACAUAAGCAGGGGCUGAAUAAUUUUUAAUGUAGACUUUACACUGUAUGUGCUCACUAUGAGUUCUUUCAUGAAUGAAGAACACUACAAGACCUGCAUAUGAACCUAUACCUGGUACUUUUAUGCAUAUGCCACACUGUAUUCUGUGUUUAAGGUGUUGAUUUCCUGUGCAAAUGCCUCAAGUUGCUGUACUUAAUAAAGGAUCUGAUUCUAUGUGA